ACUAAAGUUAGAGAACUAAAAAUCGUGAUCCCGCAGUUGAUCUUGAAAGAAUGCAAUACGCGGACGUAUCGUGACCGUACAUACGAGGUCGAAUUGUUCCGUAACGAUUCCGCUUGUACCGAUACUCGUAAGUAUGCUAACAAUUCUUCGAAUCUUCAUUGAUAGUAACGGGUUCGCGUAAUAUCGAGAAACGGCGAGAUCUCCGCACGGUAAUAUACGCGACGGUAACAACAGUGAUUAUUAUACAACCGUUGCCUCGUAUGCGUACAGAGAAUCGCUAAAGCAUUACGAUCGACAAGAAAAGUGCGUGUACGUGAGUGAACCGCGAGUGCCUCAACCCUGAUCUCCGCGCCCUUCUGAAAAUCGUUUGACAGUAGCCACCGUGAUUUCUCGCGAACGAUUUUAUCGAUGACGUGCCCUGGACCGGUCAACGGAGAGUACAAAGUGUUGCAUGUUGCGUGCUAGGGCAAGAAACAACAAGGGUCUGUAUCGUCGCGUUUCAACCAUCGAGGUGGGCUGCACCGACGAGACACUGGACGUUCCUAGAUUGGCGAUGAAAAUUGAAACAUCUCAGGAUAUGACGUAAAUGUUAGCGUGAAGAGUAAACGGAGAAACGGGCAUCAUGAAGAAAAGUCUCACGCCGUAGUGCGAUGUUAGUCACACAGACACCCUCCUCGACGGACAAUCUGCCGAAUAUGCUGCCGGUGCUCGAGGAGGAGGCGGAUGUCGACGUCGACGACGCAUUCCCGCCGCACGUCGACACGACGAACAUCGUCAUACAGCCGGAGUCGCCCACCAGCAAGAAGCAAACGCUGAAGACCUUCAACGAGGUCAACGCGCUUCUCCAGGCCGGCAGGAAGAGGGAGGCUAAGCUGAUCAUAAGGGAGAACGCGUGGCCAUUGAACAACGGGAUCAGGGCGCAGUUGUGGCCAGCCCUAUGCAACCAGCACGCACAUGGGAAAAACAUGCUCGAUGGAUUCUAUUGGGACAUGGUCAAUCAAGUGUUUGGAACUACAGAGCUGCCGGAAAAAUCAAUCAUGCUACCACCGUUCGUGGACAGCACUCAUUGCCUGUCGUACCACCUGACGAGAAAAGGCAGGAGCGUUGCUGACAGGAUUGUGUCUGUCCUGGGAUACGCUUGCCCUGACAUUACUUACAGCCCUUCUCUUUAUCCCAUCACGGCUCUUCUGCUUCACUUUAUGCCAGAGGAAGAGUGUUAUCAUUGUAUGGCCAGCUUGGUCGCCGCUAAAGAAAAGAUGUUCAUUACGCAGACGAAGCUUCUUUACGAAGUUACCUGGAAAACCGUAGAGCAAAUCACUAAGAAGCACGUGAAAUCAGCAGCGGUGCAUUUAGCGAGGCACUGUUCUGGAUCAAGAGCAGAAAGAAUUUAUAUGGAUUGGAUGUGGUGGAUUCUGCAGCUUCUUCCUUUUCAGCAUCUAGUCAGGGUUAUGGACUGUUUUCUUCACGAAGGCAUUAAGGUUUUCUAUCGAGUAGCAAUGGCUAUAGUUUUAUUAUUCUAUAAGCAUUCGUCGCUACAAAACUCUGAAUGGAUGAACGAAAUUUCAAAGAACGGCAUUGACGCUGCUCUCUCGAAGUUCUGCAGGCAAAUACCGGUAACGCCAGCUAAAUUUUUACGUACCGCAUUUGGAAUACGUGGACUCAGCUCAGCAUACAUAUCAAGGGUAUUUUUACGCACAGAAAUGGCUCUAAAAAGUAGAAGCGUUUUAACGGGAUCUAAAUCAUUGGCCAGAUCACGAUCUACAGACAAUCUGCCAACGAGUCAAUCUCAAGUCAACAUUCAAAUGAUGUCGCAUACGCUCACGAUACGAGAAAAAGAGUGUGAAGACACAUACAAAGACAGGGGUGCACACAGUCCUGGACCGCGUGCUCUGUCAAUGGGCGUUUAUCCCAUUCAAAGCAUAUGCUCCCAGAUUCUAGAUGUGCCUGAUUUAUUCACCUUAUGGUCCUGGCUGCCUAUGCGGAUCACCAUGUAUCAACCAAUUCUAUUGUAUACAACAGAGGAGCAUGGUUGUUCUUUGACAACGUUUUAUGUAAGAGUAGAGCAACAUGAACCAACUCUUCUAAUGAUAAAAACAUGUAACAAUGAAGUAUUUGGUGCUUAUUGCUCCACAAGAUGGUGUGAACGUAAUUUGAAAAAUGAUAAAGGACAAAGACAAGCCUAUUUCGGAACGGGUGAAACUUUCCUAUUCAGUUUGUAUCCUGAACGAGCAAAAUAUCCUUGGGUGGGUAUGGACUCUUCGCACAAUGAUUCUAAAGUUCAUCAUUCAGCUGAACUGUUUAUGGCGGCCGAUUCCAAAAUGAUAACAAUUGGGGGAGGGGACGGUCAGGCGAUAUGGAUGGACGAAAAUAUAAGAUACGGUAAAACAGAUCGGUGCUCUACAUUCAAUAAUCCACCUCUUUGUGCCAGUGGCGAUUUCGAGAUUAGAGUAUUAGAAGUAUAUGGAUUUGCCGGUGCUUAAAAUGAAAACAGGAUUUUGGCACUACGACGUAUCAGCUUAUUUGAUUCCCUACUGCCAUUUAGUGACUCUCUUCUAUAUAUAUUAUAUAUAUAUAUGUGUAUAUAGUGUUGUAUACACUAUAUACAAGUAUCUUCGUAUCGUAUAUAUAUAUGUGCAAACUUGCCGCGCUUCUCUACUUGCGGUAUUUGUGAUGCAUCUUCAGUCGUUUGCGAGGUACUAGUAUUAUUAUAUGUGCAUGUUUCGUUGGUGAGGCGCUGUAAGAGGUUCUGUACCGAUUGAGAUUAUCUCCUUCGUUUUAUUACGCUUGUUUGUUCAAUUAUUUGUCUCGACGUUUGCAAAAACGACCAGACAAUUCCUACGUUUAUUGUGUCGCGAAUUUAUUCUCCAACAGGAAGUAAGACACGAAAUGGUUGCUAACGCAUACAUUGUAGUCUGCGACAUCGACAAUAAUCAACGUUGAGUCAUCUUUAGUUAUGUUGAAUCUUGAUAUAAUAUGUAAAUAUGUAAGAAAUGAUUAGUUAUUUACAUGAAUACUUAAUAUUCAUUGGACCAGAUACUAUCAUAUAUAUAUAUUAUAUAUAUAUAUAUAUAUAUAUAUAUAUAUAUAUAUAUAUAUAUAAUUUGUAUAUAUAUACUGCAAAUUAAUUUCACCGAAUCUGUUAAUUUUGCAGUUUAACAGUAAUGCUCGUAUACGUAUGUGUUAAUACUUUGCAAUGUUUAUUUUACUUUAGUAUUGUUACAAUUUAGCUUUAAUGAGUUGUUGGAUGUAAGUGCAAGACAACCGAAGGAAAGAGUACUGUUUAUAUGUUACAUAUUAUGUGUAUAUAUAUACCAUAUACAUAUAUAUGUGUAUGUUGAUUUCAUAAUAAUUUCUUGUAAAUAUUAUAAAUAGUGCCCCUUGCGCAAGUAGAUACAUGCAACACAAUUCAUAUAUCAAAUUGAUUGAUUCUUCAUUGUUAAAUGAUACGUCGAUGAGUAUUAUGGUAUAAGCGUGGUAAGAAACAAAACGAAGAAAAUAUAUAUAUAUAUGGCAGGGGGCGAAUGGUACUUUGAACAACGAUGUUUUUUUUUUUAUUUUCUAGAGAUGAUUAUGUUUGAAAAAAAGAACAAAAUAUUGAUUAAGCCGUGCGAUAAUUAACCUGUUUUCUAAAGUGAAAUACGAAAAGCCAUAGUUUUCACUUAGCGUAUUAAGGAUUUGUAUAUUUUAUAUAGAAUGUGUAAAUUUAUGUGGAUAAUAGAAUAACAACUAGUACCAGAUAUGGAAAUCUACAUGUACAGAGAACAGUGCGAUGAUUUUUUUUUCGACGUUACAUCGUCGAUACACCACAUGUACACACUUCGGGCAUUCUGAUGAAGCGUACUAGCGUUACUAUUGUUAUCCUUUAUCUCUCUUUGUGAUCAAAUCUGUAUCGUUAUCGUACGAUACACGAUUAACUCUUAGAGUACCUGCUUCUUUAUUUAGUUUCUUGUUGUUACUUUCUUUUUUUUUUUUUCUUUUCUUUUGGAAUGAAAGGGAAAGACGAGGAGUGAAAUUAAGCGCGCGUGAAAAAAAAGAUUAAAGGCAUCGAUUUUAGAUUCCUUGGUUGUGAUGUAGAAGUGGCUGGCACCACUUUUGUCCGAGUGACAACAUAUGUAUUAAUUAUAAUGUUUGCGUAGGAGAAUCAUGUAUCUUUCACCCCCCGUCAUCUUAUCGACUGCAAAAUGACGCAAUUUGGGAAAUGCUACGUUGUUCUUGAUAUGGCUGCACGUUACGGUCGUUUCAGAACAUUGAAAAAACAUAGUUAGAGAAAGGAGCCUAAGAAGAAAUUGUUCGGUACAUCGGUUGAGUCACUUCUUUCGGUCUCACUUAACAUAAUCAGUCAUGUUAAUCAGUUUCCUCGUAUAUCGGGUUUGUCGUACAAUUGUGCGAGAUGCAAACGCAAGAAUGAACGAGCAACACGACAGAAAUUAAUCACAUUAUACACAUUAUACAUAACGAUAUUAAACUCAAUUCUAAAUGUUAUAGUAUCGAAUUUAUGAAUCGUUUUCUGAGAUUCGUCUAAUAUCAACGAUGAAAUAGAAUAAUAACAAAUCACGUUCACUUUUCAAUGUUUUAUAAAUGUGCUCUCGCGAUUCACAGGAAAUUAGCGAAAGUAAAAGGAUACACUGCUGAUCUCAACGAAAAGAUACGCUACGAUAGUAAAAUGUAUGUGUUUUACAUUAAUGGAAAUCAGUAUGAUCACUAUUGAGAUAGAGUUGGGUUACUCAACUCGAGCGUGAGAAAUAUAUUGAAAGAUACCCAAGUGUAAUUUUAAAGACGUUACAUUUCUCAGAAAUACGAAACGUGAAAGGCGUUUACGACUGGAACAAAGAAAUAAAGCAAUCGACAGAAUUUAGUUUUACGAACACAAUGCGAAUAAAUGUGCAUUUUGUACGAACAUGUAAGAAUAGUUGAAGAAAAGGAAAUCUGCGUGUAUAGAGUUCCAUAUAGUUAAAUUAUUGCAUUAUUAAUUUAUAUUUAUAUAAUUCAUAUUCACAUGUUAAUUGUUUAAAUCAAAGCUUGUGUUUCUACGUUAGUGUCCUUUUCUUAACUAUUCUAAAAUUCUUAUUAAUGGUUGCAAAUGCUGUUAUCUUUUUUUUUUUUUUUUUUUUUUUUCUUGUGAAAUUAUAAUCGUGUGAUAAUUGAAUGAGUGAAUAUUUAUUUAUUGUAUAUCCGUGAAUUGAGAGAAAGUUGAUAAUAAUGUGCUGACAGUGGAAAAUAUUAUUAUUCAAAGUUUCUAACGUAGUACAGCAUAACAUAAAUUUACGUUAGGAAGUAAUAUAUAUAUAUACAUACAUACAUACAUUACAUAUAUACGUAAAUACGUACAUAUAUACAUAUAUAUAUAUAAAUAUGUAUAUAUUUAUAUAUAUAUAUAAAUAUAAAUAUGCCUAUAAAUGAUGAGAAAAGAAAAAUAAACAUAAUUGAAUGGAGUGUUUUUAAGCUUUCCGCAGUGUUGUUAUAUUAUACAUAUAUAUAAUGCAUAUGUAUAAUAUAUAUAUAUAUAAAAUGUAAGUCAUACUGUUUCUGAAGAAGAAAAUUGUUGCCUCUUGAUGCUACUUUAUCAUAUCAUCGUUGUGAAUAGAAUAUUGUUAUACAUGAAUUUAUCGCCCAACUUACUAUUCCUUCCAUUUUGAGAAGGAUCUCUCAUGUGACAUUUUUUUUUUUAUUAUAUAAAUAUAUUAUACUGCAUGUGACCCUAAGAAAGCCAACAUGUGAAAGUAAAGUGUAAUGCAAUAUCUAUUUAAAAGUGUCUCAGAAUCCUUGAAAAUUGUCAUAAAUGAGGAAUAAAUGCAAUUGUUUACGUCCGUAUAGAAGAAAUUAGUAUAGCUUUGGACUAUGAAUUUUAAUAACGAGUAACAAUUUAACAAAACUUUUCGGAACUUUGACAAUCAAAAAUAAAACAUUCUUAACGAUCAAUUACAUUUCGAGAAAUUUACAGUAGCUUAAAUAAUUUUCUUAAAAAUAAUAUCAGAAUCAUUUACGCCCCCAACAAAGUAUAAAACCCCGCGUCAUUUCAAAAUUGAAAAUACCCUUUACAAAUUCAUAUUUUUAUAAGUAAAAUCGUUCAAACUCAUGUCCAAUGAAAGUUCAAUGAUCUCUAUUUUUAAAGCAUUUUUAAACUACAAAAACAUUUUACUAAAUUUUUAACAGUUUAAACAUUUAUAUCAAAAGAGUAUAUAUUCUUUAAUUAGAAGAUUCCCAAAAGUUCCAUUAAAUGUAAUUCAAUUAUUUUGAAAAAAAUAUUCGAUAGAUGUUACCAUUACGUUGCAAUAUGUAUGGUAAAAAUUAAAUAUCAGUUAUUGCGAAUUUAAAAAUACAUUUUUACGCAAGAUAUAUAUUGUAUUCUUGUUUCUUAAUUAAAAAAAAAAAAAAAAAAAAUAGCUCGAAAGAGUUACGAAAUACUUCAGGGCCGUUCAUCUAUGUGCGUUCAAUUGCAAAUUAAUCUCGGUAAGUGUUUUUUGUAUAGUGACUCAACUGUUGUACAUCGAUGUAAGUAGGGAUGACAUUCACACGGCGUUUACGCAUCUUCAAUUUGUAUCGUGUGUAGUUGAAAAGUUACCAGUAUUGUUCGCGCUGUGUUCCCAGCAAUUUCGACGGUGCAUCGCAUGUUCCUCGCACCUUUCGACCACGUAUAACAUUUUUUCUUUUUAAAUUAUAUAAUAAUCUCAACAAAGUAGAGUCACGAAUUCUAAAAAGAAAAAAAAGAAAAAAAAAAUGAACUGUUCGUCAUAGAUGGUGUAAAACUUUUAACGUAGCAUGUUCGAUAAGAUAGUGAUUAAACCUAUAAAUUUCUACGAAAGUGUUUUUUUUUUUUUUUUUUUGGAAUCGAUUUCACACAUGAAGUGUACCUGUGCGAACGACUCUGCGAAGGAAAAUAGCGAUAACUCUUUGUUAUUUCGUUAACAUUCAAGGUAACAAUAUAGCUUCUUGUUGAAACACUUGCAAAUAAUUAAUUGUCAAUAAAUGCAGAUGAAUAAAAUUUUAUGUUAGCCAAAUGAUGAUAGUAUUUUUUCCCGCGAGUAAGUCAAUUUUUUCAUAAAUAUGGUUAUAUCUUUGAAUCAAGAAUUUUGCAGUAAUUGCAAUGAUCUAAAUUUUUCAGAAGUUCAUACCAAAUGUGUAUAUAUAUAUAUAAAAUACAUAUACUUCGUUUGUUUUAUAUUUAAAAAUUUAAAGGAUAUCGUUUGUUAACCGUCAUGAGUGAUAAUAAAUAAAUUACAUUUUAUAUGAUAGAAUUGCUUCAUUUUUUUGAGAAAUUUAUAAAAGGAGGGGGGCACAGCCGUUACCUGAAGAACGUGUAGCCCGCAUCUUUUAUUGGAUGUUUUCUCGACCUAUAUUUUCGUACUGUUAGUUACACGUCGCCCUUUCAAUUCUUCACUUCCUUUUUGCUUCUUUUUACACUUGCGUCACCUAAGAAAUUCACGGGUUAAAUUUAAUCGGCAGAACGAUAAGCUAUGUAAAUUUAUGCAGAAAACACCGUUACUAUUUUCUAAAUGCAGUGUAUUGUAAAUAACUGGAAGGUCGGAGAUAUCUAUUGAAACAUAUGAAUAAAUAUGUUUCAACAUGUUCGUGCAUUACAAUGAAGUUUACUUUUUCAACAGUUCUAAUCGUUUUUAUAUAAUAUCGAUAAAUGAAUCGAUCGUCAAGUCGC